AUGAUUCGAGAAAAACUAAAAGUAUCGACUCAGACACUACAGUGGAAGUGUGUUGAAUCAAGGGUAGACAGUAAGCGUCUUUAUUAUGGACGCUUUAUUCUGUCUCCACUUAUGAAAGGUCAAGCAGAUACAAUAGGCAUUACAAUGCGAAGAAUUUUGCUCGGAGAAAUAGAGGGAACAUGUAUCACACGUGCAAAAUCUGAGAAAAUACCACAUGAAUAUUCUACCAUAGUAGGUAUUCAAGAAUCAAUACAUGAAAUUUUAAUGAAUUUGAAAGAAAUUGUAUUGAGAAGUAAUCUGUAUGGAACUCGGGAGGCGUCUAUUUGUUUCAAAGGUCCUGGAUAUGUAACUGCUCAAGACAUCAUUUUACCACCUUCUGAAAAUUUUGAAAUUCCCUGA